CCAGGUUCAUCUGUAAGAUCCAAAAAUAAGUGUGUCUAAGCUCCAAGGCUCAUCUCGCAACAAUCUUUAGAGCUAUGGGAAAGUAUGGGAGACUUCGGAUGGCUUAAGAUGAUGUAAAUUUCUGCUGCUGUGGAGAGAUGUGAUCUACAGUUCCCCUUCACCACUGGUACAGCCGUAGUAUUUGCAUGGAAAUUCUGGUGGUUAAAGAUCAUGGCAACCAUAGAGGAACUGGCCCAUCAAAUUAUUGAACAGCAAAUGGGAGAGAUUACCCGUUCCCAGGGAGCUGUUACGCAAACACUAAUGGAUGGGACACCACAACGAAUACAGAUUGUCCCUGCAGAUUCAGGCCUCUCUUUACCACAACGUAUACAGAUUGUCACAGAUCAGCAGACGGGCCAGAAGAUUCAGAUUGUUACAGCACUUGAUCAGAGCUCAGCAGGCAAGCAGUUCAUCUUAACAAAUCAUGAUGGCUCUACCCCAAGCAAGGUGAUCCUUGCCAGACAAGAUUCCACUCCAGGAAAAGUUAUCCUAGCAACUCCAGAUGCUGCAGGUGUCAACCAACUGUUUUUUGCAUCCCCUGAUAUAUCUGCACAACACAUCCAGAUUUUAACAGACAACUCUCCCAAUGAGCAGAGCCUAAAUAAAGUGUUUGAUCUGUGUGUUGUAUGUGGAGACAAGGCAUCAGGGCGUCACUAUGGAGCAAUAACUUGUGAGGGAUGCAAAGGCUUCUUUAAAAGGAGUAUACGGAAGAAUUUAGUUUAUUCAUGCCGAGGAACAAAAGACUGUGUCAUUAACAAACACCACCGGAAUAGAUGUCAAUACUGUAGGCUGCAGAGAUGCAUUGCAUUUGGGAUGAAACAAGAUUCUGUGCAGUGUGAGAGGAAACCUAUUGAAGUGUCAAGAGAAAAAUCUUCAAACUGUGCAGCUUCCACAGAAAAGAUCUACAUUCGUAAAGAUCUUCGUAGUCCAUUAGCGGCAACUCCAACUUUUGUAACAGACAAUGAAACAGCAAGAUCAACAGGUCUGCUGGAAUCGGGAAUGUUUGUUAACAUUCAUCAGUCUGCAAUAAAAAGUGAGCCUACUGUGCUGAUGACUCCAGAUAAGGUUGAAGCAUGUCAAGGAGAUUUAAGUACGCUGGCAAAUGUGGUGACUUCAUUAGCAAAUCUCAGUAAAUGCAAAGACGUGUCACAAAGCAGUACAGAGUUGUCUAUGAUUGACAGUUUAAGUAAUGGAGAUGCAUCGUUAUCUGAACUCCAGCAAGAACAAGAAGCUAGUAGUGAUGUUACAAGGUAAGGCAUGUUACAUUUGAAAA